AUGAACUUUUUCACUAAAAAAUUAUGGUGUUGCGUUUCCACGCCUCGCGUGCAUUUCUUCCCCUUGCGAGUUCUUGUUUUCUGAAAUUAGGGUUUACUUCCAUUUCUUCUUCGUCAACAAAAUCCUUCGCCAAGAUGGCAUCAGAAAAUUACACGUUUGGGCGGUACAAGAUUGACCCGAAGGAAGUAUUCUACUGCACCAGUCUCUCUUACGCCAUGGUCAACCUCCGUCCUCUUGUUCCUGGUCACGUGCUUGUCUGCCCAAAGCGUGAAGUUCAGCGCUUUGCUGAUCUCACUCCUGACGAGACUUGUGACCUAUGGCUCGCUGCUCAACGGGUUGGUCGUCAGUUAGAGUCAUACCAUGAAGCUUCAUCACUCACAUUUGCAAUUCAAGAUGGUCCUCAGGCAGGACAAACUGUACCCCAUGUCCACAUUCAUAUUCUCCCAAGGAAGGGUGGUGACUUUGAGAAAAAUGAUGAGAUUUAUGAUGCUAUUGAUGAGAAGGAGAAAGAGAUGAAGCAGCAUCUUGAUUUGGACAAGGAGAGGAAAGAUAGAAACCUAGAGGAGAUGGCUGAAGAGGCAGACCGGUACAGAAAGCUUUUGUUGUAACUUUCUUUGAUGAGCUUAUGAUUAUCAUUGAGUAUUAAGUAGUAUUUUUCUUUUUUGGUACGAAAGAUUUGAACUUUCGACCAUUCAAAGAACAAAGAGUACAUAUCAAUUAUCAUCUACUUUGUCACGUGAAUGCUACUAUUAUAUAUACUAGUAGACCAUUCAUCACUGUUAGACAAAUUGCAAUGAUGGGAAAUGAAGUUUUAUAUGAU